AUGAGUAAAAAGCCUCCAAAUCGUCCUGGAAUCACAUUUGAGAUUGGUGCUCGUUUGGAGGCACUGGACUAUUUACAAAAAUGGUAUCCAUCUCGUAUUGAGAAGAUAGAUUAUGAAGAGGGGAAGAUGUUGGUCCAUUUUGAACGUUGGAGUCAUCGCUACGAUGAGUGGAUUUACUGGGACAGCAAUAGGUUGCGACCUUUGGAGCGACCAGCAUUAAGGAAAGAAGGGCUGAAAGAUGAUGAAGAAUUUGUUGAUUUUAAACCUGGAGAAGAAGUCCUAGCUCGUUGGACAGACUGUCGCUAUUACCCUGCAAAGAUUGAAGCAAUUAAUAAAGAGGGAACAUUCACAGUACAGUUCUAUGACGGUGUUAUUCGAUGUCUUAAGAGGAUGCAUAUCAAAUCUAUGCCAGAGGAUGCAAAAGGGCAGGCGCGCGAGAGGGAGCAGAUAGCGCCGGAGCUGAGAUUAGUGACGGAAAUCGAACCAAAAGAAGAUUGGAUAGCUUUGGUCAAAGCUGCUGCUGCAGCAGCAGCCAAGAACAAAGCAGGAAGUAAACCUAGAACCAGCGCAAACAGCAAUAAAGAUAAAGAGGAAAGAAAAUGGCUAAAAGUUCCUUCAAAAAAGGAAGAAACCUCAACCUCUACAAUCAUGCAGGAAGUCCAAAAAAAGGAAGAGGAGCCUACAUCUAGUGACACAUUUGUAGGAUUUCCUGUAGUGGAUGUUCCAAAGAUGGCCUUUGUGCAGGCAGAGAGCACGUUAUCACACAAGAGGAAAAGUAAUCUAGGCAACUCAUUUCAGGCAAAGAGAGCUCGUCUUAACAAGAUCACUGGUUUAUUGGCAUCCAAAGCUGUUGUUGCGGAUGGUGCUGAAAAAAAGGAAGGCAACAAAGAAACAGCUCCAGUCCUGGAGCAGGAGAUUUCACCUAAACCACAAAGUCAGAAAAAAAAUGAAGCUGAUAUUAGCAGUUCUGCCAACAUUCAGAAACCUGCACUGUUAUCCUCAACUUUGUCUUCAGGAAAGGCUCGCAGCAAGAAAUGCAAACAAGAAUCUGGAGAUUCUUCUGGGUGUAUAAAGCCCCCUAAAUCACCACUUUCCCCAGAAUUAAUACAAGUCGAGGAUUUGACGCUGGUCUCUCAGCUUCCUUCUUCUGUGAUAAAUAAAACUAGUCCAUCACAGCCAGUGAAUUCCCCUAGAUCCUACAAACAUAGCCAACGGAGAAGAAGAUCACAGCGUUUAGCCACUUGCUCCUUGCCUGAUGAUUCUGUAGAAAAAGUUUCUUCUCCCUCUUCAGUUACUGAUGGAAAAGUGUUCUCCAUCAGUGGUCAAAACCAACAGUCAUCAAAAUUGGAGGUACCUGACGUUGCUCAUAUGUCACUUGAGAAGCGUGGACCAUGUCUCCCCCUUGAUUUAAGCCGUAGUUCGGAAGUUACAGCACCAUUAUCCACAGAAUCCACUUUCCGUAAUGAAUAUCCCAGUAAAGACAAGGAAGAUAUUCAGAUGAUUACAUAUCUUUCUUCCAAAGCAGUAACUGAUGGAAGAGUAGCUACAACAGCGUCAGCACCCUCGUCCCAUGUACAUGCCUUGCAUCUGGAAAUGCCUUUAACCAAUAGUCUAAAGUUACCCAAAGGGAAUAGUAAAAAAAAGAGGUCUUCCACAUCAGUGAGCUCUGAAGGGACAGAGAUACAGUGCUCUGUGCCCAUAAAGGAGAAAUGUUUUGAGAGUCUGAAGGAGAAAAUAUUAAAGAACGUGAUUGAGAAGGACAAGCAUUCAGAAGUUGGUGCAGUGAGAAUGGAAAGAAAAGGAAAACUGGAAGAGAAAAGUUCUUCAACAUAUGAAUGUUUAAUUUUUAUUUCAGGUAAAAAGAAAGAAAAGGAAAAGGAGAAAAAAGAGAAAAAGGAGAAAGAUCAUAAAUCAAAACAAAAAAAGAAGAAGAAAAAAAAGAAGAAAUCUAAACAGCAUGAUUAUUCAGACUAUGAAGAUAGUUCUGUGGAAUUCCUGGACAGGUGCUCCUCUCCGUUAACACGGUCCUCGGGGAGCUCUCUGACUUUGCGCAGCAUGUUCUCAGAGAAGAAUACAUCAUACCAGUAUCCGAGAGCUAUCUUGUCUGUUGACCUUAGUGGAGAAAACCUUUCAGAUGUGGAGUUCUUGGAUGAUUCCUCUACAGAGAGUUUAUUACUUAGUGGUGAUGAAUACAAUCAGGACUUUGAUUCAACUAACUUUGAAGAGUCUCAGGAUGAAGAUGAUGCUCUCAAUGAAAUUGUUAGAUGCAUUUGUGAACUGGAUGAAGAAAAUGGCUUUAUGAUUCAGUGUGAAGAGUGCUUGUGUUGGCAGCACAGUGUAUGCAUGGGACUGUUAGAGGACAGCAUUCCAGAGCAGUACAUCUGUUAUAUCUGCAGAGAUCCACCAGGUCAGAGGUGGAGUGCCAAAUAUCUUUAUGAUAAAGACUGGCUAAACAACGGACACAUGUGUGGAUUAUCAUUUUUGAAAGAAAACUACUCUCAUCUUAAUGCCAAAAAGAUUGUGUCAACACAUCACCUACUGGCAGAUGUAUAUGGUGUAACUGAAAUAUUGCAUGGACUGCAGUUGAAGAUUGGGAUAUUAAAAAAUAAGCAUCACCCAGACCUUCAUCUCUGGGCUUAUUCAGGGAUGCGAAAAGAACAAGAACAAUUAACUGUUGGGGUAGAGAAAAAAUUAGUGACCUUGCCGGAUGCUGUUAAUCCAACUGAAAGGACGUGUCACAGUCAAAACCAUAAAGAGCCGCCCAGUAUACCCCAGAAGAUGGAAGAAACAUACAUCACAAGUGAGCACAGUUACCAAAAACCACAGAGUUUUGGUCAAGACUGCAAAGCAGUCACUGACCCCAUGAGCUCAGAUGAUGAAGAUACAAGUAGUUUUGAGGAAGAUCAGGAUUUUCACACAGAGAGUAAAAACUGUUUACAAUAUUCUUUUAAAGAUGAUGGCAUGAAUGAGCAGAAGAAUUGUGCUGAAGGAAACACUGUGUUUGUUUGUAAUGAAAGAAAAGGCUCAGAAGAACAAGUGGACACACAUCUUCAAUGGCAGCUAAAUCUCCUUACUCAUAUAGAGAAUGUACAGAACGAAGUCACCAGCAGAAUGGACCUGAUUGAAAAAGAAGUUGAUGUUUUAGAAAGCUGGCUUGAUUUCACUGGAGAACUGGAACCACCAGAUCCUCUGGCAAGAUUGCCUCAGCUCAAGCGACGUAUCAAACAGCUUUUAAUUGACAUGGGGAAAGUACAGCAAAUAGCAACGCUUUGCUCUGUAUGACAAAAGGAAGAAUAAAGAAAUAAAAAUAGGUUCUUUACGGUGAAUUUUCUUACUAGCCACAAGACUGACAGGAAGAUAGGAAAAAGCUGAGCAUUUAUCUGGUUCUUUGCUGAUUACAUUAAUAGCCUGAAGCUCUAGAGAGAGGAGAGGAAAUUUAGAGUAAGGAAUCUGUUAUAUUGAAAAUCUGAAUAUUCAAUGUCCAAGCUUCAAAAUGUAAUAUAUUACAUCCUGAGAAAUGUUGAUAUGAUUUUAACAUGAUAAACAAGAAAAUCCCCACAUACAAGAAAGCUGAACAAACAAAAACUCUGCGAAGGACAAUGCUACUGUUUUGAAACCUUUGGCAAAAGAUUCUCAAUUAGCAGAAUUCAGCUGACUAAAAAUU